CAAAUCACGCACAGGCGCUCCGCAGGGACUGCACGGCUCUUCAGUCGUGUCCUUGUCAUCCGUGGCUAACGUCAGAUAAGAGAGCGGUCGUGAAGUGCCGGCAAAGGGGCCGGACUCUGGAUCGAUCCAGAGUUUCAGUUGAGAUGUUGCCCGACAGUCGGCAUUACCUGAUCCCCCAAUCUCAGAGCCGCGGCCGCACCAGCCACCAGCUGACUGGCAGUCGCGAGCAGCAACGUGAGCCGUUACGGUGGGAGGUGCGUGACGACAGGCAGGAGUCAGAGCAGGCGCUCGACCGUGUCAGGCACGUUGAGCGGGAGCUAGAGGACCAGCGUGAGCUCCGCUGGCAGGCGGAACGCAAGCUUGCCGCUGCCGACGAGAAGGUCAAGCAGCUUGAGCUUGACCUGGCAUCGGUACGCAGUGAGCUCACGCGGCAGCAGGCUCGCAGCCAGGCCCUUGGGGAGUUGCUUGCUUGUGCACAAGAGCAGCAGCGUGCAGAGCGGGCGCGCAGUGCCAGCCUGUCGUCAACGCAGUCCAGUGAGGAGUCGGACGGCGGCAGUAGCAGUGUUACCAGCGACGUGCAGGCGGCAGCGGAGGGGGCGUGCACGGGCUACCUCAUCUCUCAGGGCGGUACCGCCGACAAGGUCUUCCGGCACGUGGAGAGCCAGUCCUGCGGGUGGCUCCACCCCACGCAGGCCUACAAGCAGCCGCCCCUAAUCCUCCGCUUCCAGCCAGAGCGCAACGAGGACGAGGCCUUCUGGCCUCGAGUCGACUACCUGCUGGCAUUCAACGCAACCUGACGGAUAAGCGCGACCUGCAUCCGUCGGCGCUGCGCACGGCUGCUCGACCUCAAGACCAAGCGCGACGCGGCCUUCCGGAACCAGCGCGAGCGUGCGCGCAGCGUCAAGAAGUCUGGCGGCGUCAAGCGCCGCUACCGGGGCGUCAAGCAGCAGCACUGGCCGCAAAGCGGUGCUCCCAAGCCUAACGGGCUGAGCGUGCUCUGGCAAAGCCUAGCGUAGGGUGCAGUGUCAGGCGUGAGAUCCAGGCGGCUGUUGCGGAGUGUUGCUUCGGCGGGUAGUGCUAGCACGGCCAAGCGUGGUCAAAGACCGCUAGCCAGACCUAGCUGGCAUACCAAGUCAACAUGCAUUGCAUUACGACUGUUCCAUUGAGCCGCCGACACCUGUGUGAGCGCUGCGGUCACUGCUGUCUCGAGCGUGCGCCAUCAAGACUACAAGGUGGCGCGUGCAAGCUGUAAGAUCUGGCGAGU